AAGCUAGGCUGAGAUGCUCUAUAGAAACUACGAGCGGCUUGGCUAUGCAAACGGCACGACCCAAGACCGGAAUCCCCAACGAUCAAUCAACCUUUACAAAUCACCGGAGGAUAUCCUCAUACCUUUGCCAACAAGCCGAUCAUCACCGACGCUUGCGACAAGUGCAUUGGUUUUGAAGUCGUUUUAUCUGUGGUGUACAAUCACCUUCUAUGGAAUAUACCUGUCUACAUACGGCCUUUCACGGCUCAACUGUCCAAACGGAAACCAUCCCGAAUAAAGGCCAUCCAGGGCAGCCGGGCCGGCGAUGCGAUCGAGGCGGGGCCGCGUUUGCAAGGCAAAGGAAGCCGCUUCGCUGGAGACGCGGCGACGUUGGACGCAUCGCACGCCGAGUCUUCUGCGGAUUCUGUAACGAUACUCUCGCUCGCGUUGUUGAGCUGUUCAGGCUGAAUAUUCCGAUGAGCACGCGCGCCGAGAUACGAGGCUCCUCAUCGUGUCGCAACAGGGCGCCUCUCCUGCAAUCCGGCUCUCCACCAGACUCUGCAACUUGCGACGCCCCCCGAGCGGGGUUUUGGGCCGACGGAUGCAGGAUGCUGAGGGGGUCUCAACGAGUUCGCGAUCACGCCAUCGCCCCCGACGACCAUGUUUGGGGCCGCUCCUGAGAGUGAUUGGCCUCCUGUCUCCUAUUGGCGGUAUCCAUGAGCCUCUCCCGUUUCCGUUCCCGAGCCUCGGGCGAUGAGAAGAGAAUGGCGCUUUGCAAGCGGAAGUCGGUUACAUGAACCUGCUCAACGCCCGCACCCCGCCUCCAACACUCGCAGGCAUUCGCUGAUAUCGUUCUCUUUGGAUGACGAGCAGCCAUUGGAGCCGAAGCGUGGCGGCGGAUGGCGUCUU